AUGUCAAACCUCAAAGACUUUGUCAAGAAUGGAUGGCAUCCCGAGAAGGAGGGCACGACGCUCAGGGGCCAGGUGUCGAGCCUAAUGGGCCGCAACAAAGACUCGUCGUCGUCGCCGCCGGCGAACCGUGCCGACCACGUCUCCCGUCCCCUCUCCGACCUCAAGGACCCUUCGGGCUUUGCCCCACCCCCGCGACGCACCGGCUCCGGCCUUGCCCAACCGCCGCCGCCGCCGCCGCCGUCUUCGACCGCCGCCCGCAGGCCCGUCGCUGCCUCGGCCGCGCAGCGCGACCAGUCGCCGGAGACGCAGCUGGCGACGCAGCCGAGCCGACCGUACCAGGUGAACACGACCGGGCUCAGGACCGAUCAUCUGCCCCCGCCGCCCGGCCGGAGAGAUGGCGCAGACGGCAGAGCAAGCCCUGCGGCCUCGUACGCUGGUGCCCCGGCGACCAAGCCCGCGCCGCCGAGCCUCCCUCCGCGACUGCCCCCGAGGGGAGCCAGGCACAGCCCCCCGCCGCCGCCAAGCGCCGGCUCGUCCCACUCGCCCGACCGCUACCUGAACCAGGGGGCCGUCACCAGGCUGGGCGCUGCCGGCGUGUCGGUGCCGGGGCUUGGCAUCGGACGCCCCAGCCCCAGUGCCUCGCCUCCCCCCCCGAGAUCCGCCGCGGCAGUCGGGACCAAAAGCGGCGGGGGCGGCUUCGGCUCACGCCUGAAUGGGCUCCAGGAUAAGUUCUCCACGCUGGGCAUGCCGUCGGACUCCUCAGCCACGCCUCCUCCGAGCCAAGGCACGACGUGGGCACAGAAGCAGGCGACGCUCAAGACGGCCUCGGCCUUUCACAAGAAUCCCUCACAGCGGCACGGGGACCAGGUCGAGGCUGGCAUCAAGCGCACAAACAACCUCAACCACAAAUACGGCGUCAUGGACAAGGUCGGGGCCUAUGUGAACAAGCAGCAGACUACGACCGAGGAUUCUGGCUCGCCGGCGACGGGUCCUGGUUUACCGGGGAAGAAGAAGCCGCCCCCGCCCCCGCCGCCCAAGAAGAAGCCCGGGGUUGACGGCUCGACCCAGUCUCUUGUUGUCGGCGGAAGCGACGACAGUGCACCGCCGCCAAUUCCCAUGUCUACCAGGCCAGCAUUCUGA